AGGCAAGGUUAGAUACCCAAACGGCGGACCAGUGCAUCGACUGCAUGCCAAACCGUUUGUGCAGUUGCAAGUAGAGCAGAGAAAGAUCAAACAACUCAACAAUGGAGAGAAUGCACAAUGAAUACGACUACGAUCAAAGCAUGGGUGCUCCGCAACAGAUCGCACCUGCACAGGGUAUCAGGCCCCUGGUCGACCCAGAGGCCGAAGGCGAAGUGGACACAUCGAAAUACCCGCAACCAAAAGAAGCUACACACAAAAUUCGUGGUCGUUCUGACAUAAUAGAACUCGUAUUCGGAGCGGUGGACCAAGAACUAUUGAUGGUAAAAACAUUUUACUUCUUCUUCUACUCUGCCUUUGGAUCGUUGUUUCCACUUAUGGGUGUAUAUUUUAAACAAAUGGGGAUGAACCCUGGACAGUGUGGAUUAUUAAUAGGAUCGAGACCAUUUGUGGAAUUUUUAUCAGCACCAUUUUGGGGCAGUUAUGCCGACAGAUGGCAGAAGGGAAAGAUGUUAUUACUAGCAUCGCUAUCAGCAUGGAUUAUAUUUACGUUACCGUUGGGAUUCAUUCAGCCUCCCGCUGCAAGUUGCCUGCAGCGUAGAAAUUUGACCGAAUUUGAGUUACGUACACCGGAUGUAACUCGAAUGCUGAAACGUUCUGUUCCAGAUGAAUUUCCACGAUCACUACGUUUACAUUUUCCUAUCGGUCAGUCGCCUCUGGAUGUAAAAGCUGCCAGCAAUUACGAUGAUAACAUCCAUAGUGGUUGGGUUAAGCCGUUAUUUUCAUCCAUCGUCUAUCGCACACAAGAUAUACAGAAAGCAUUUUUCUUGCUAUUACUUUUAGUUAUUAUUGGCGAAUUCUUUAGUGCUCCGGCAAUAACACUAGCAGACUCAGCAGUUAUAACAUUGUUAGGAGAAGACGCCGAUCGUUAUGGUCAUCAGCGAAUGUUUGGCUCAUUAGGUUGGGGAUUAGCUAUGUUUUUCGUUGGCAUAGCGUUAGAUCAUUCUACAGCUUUUCCUGAUCAUCCAUGUGGCCCAGAAAAGCAAGAAAAGAACUACACAAUUUGUUUUGCAACAUUCUCCGUUUUAAUGGGUGCAGCACUGAUAACAGCCACUCAAAUAAAUUUCAAAUAUGAUUUUCGAGAACCAGAGCCCGAACCUGUCCAAAAAGUAGCGCCACCAAUUUCUCAUGAAGAACAAAUGCAAAACCAGCUCGCCGAACAAUUGCAACUGCCUUCAUUAGCUGGACCACCUGCAACAGGAGCCACAGAAGAUGUGCAACCAUUGGGUGCUCAAACAAAGAUGUUUGCACAAACAACCAGAGAGAUGCCGGAGUGGGUUACAGUUCUGAAACAAUUCAAGAAUUUGAAGUGUGCGUCGUUCUUGUUCGUCGCUUGGUUCAUGGGAUUUGGCAUCGGACUUAUAUUUACCUUUCUAUUUUGGCAUCUUCAAGAUUACGGCGGUUCACCCACUCUAUUUGGCGUCGCCUCAGUAAUAAACCACAUUUCAGAAAUUUUUGCGUACUUCUUCAGUUUUAGGCUUAUUACACAAAUUGGGCACGUUAAGGUCCUAUGUCUAGGCUUGGUUGGAAAUAUUUUGCGUUUUCUCUACAUUUCUUGGUUAAAAGACCCUUGGUGGGUUCUGCCAUUCGAAUUUAUGCAAGGAAUCACUCAUGCCGCUGUUUGGGCUGCCUGCUGUUCUUAUAUCGCUCACAAUACUCCACAACAACUUCGUUCUUCAGCUCAGGGAGUCUUGCAAGGAAUUCACCAUGGGCUUGGACGCGGAUGUGGUGCUGUAAUCGGAGGAAUGUUUGUAAACUAUUUCGGAACGACGACUACAUUUCGCGGUUAUGGUGUAAUAUGCCUCAUAGUAUUAGCUGCCUUUAUUUUCAUUAACUUCUACAGAAAAGAACAAGGAUUUGUAUCUAAUAUACCUACAACAGAAGAUCCGCAUCAGGUUGCCGAAGAAACAGCACAUUUAGCUCCUCAUGGCGUACCUAGCAAUCCCAUUCCACGUGCGUUGUCCAGUUCCCGUCUACACGACAUGGCUGGCCAAGAGAACUACGGCGCAACUUAUCAAAGUACGGGCGGUAAUCUAGACGUACCAGGAGGAGGGGCCAAUAAUCCAUUCCUCCAAAGUGCUAACAACGCUCCUCCGCCUCAACAGCAGCAGCGUCCAUUUAACUCCGGAUACUGAAAAGCUACCUAAUAAUCAACAUAUGUGAGUUGCACCACGUUGCCAAAUUCGACGAUAAAAACUCGUCCCUUUCAAUUUAAAUUUGUUCUUAAA